AUGGCAGCUUUUAAUCUCACCCCCUUUGACCCCUCAUCAUUCAUCCUAACAGGCAUCCCUGGCCUGGAAACUGCCCACAUCUGGAUUUCCAUCCCGUUCUCUACAUUUUACAUUUUUGGUCUCUUUGGAAAUUUCACAGUUCUGUUUGUUAUAGGCAAGGAGCAGACCCUGCACAAGCCGAUGUACCUGCUGCUCUCCAUGCUGGCGCUCACAGACAUUGGCACAUCUACCUCCAUCAUGCCGAAGGCACUGUGUAUAUUUUGGUUCAAUUUGAAAGGCAUUACUGUGUGUGGGUGUCUCACCCAGAUGUUCUUCCUUCACGUGGGUUCUAUGAUGCACUCAGCCGUCCUUAUGACAAUGGCCUUUGAUCGCUAUGUUGCCAUAUGUAACCCUCUGAGAUACACCACCAUCCUCACCAAUGAACGAAUAGCUAAGCUAGGGCUAGUGGGUUUGAUAAGAGCUGUUCUCAUCAUUCUACCCCUGCCCCUGCUUCUGAUGAGGCAGCCAUUCUGUGCCAACCGCAUUAUCCCCCAUACGUACUGCGACCACAUGGCUGUGGCAAAGAUGUCGUGUGGGGACAUUACAGUCAACAGGAUGUACGGCUUGGUGGUAGUGUUUGUAAUAAUUGGGUUAGACCUCACACUCAUUGCCCUAUCCUAUGGACUGAUAAUUAGGGCUGUCCUCAGAAUCCCCUCUAAGAAAGCCCACCAGAAAGCCCUGAGCACCUGCACAGCCCACAUAUUUGUGAUGCUGAUAUCUUAUCCUACCUUCCUCUUCUCCACUCUGACACACCGGUUUGGUCAGGGUAUCGCUCCACAUGUUCACAUCAUCUUGGCCAACCUCUAUUUCCUUCUCCUCCCCACUCUCAAUCCUAUCAUUUAUGGGGUCAAAACCAAAGAGCUUCGUGACAAAGUGGGCAAAUACACUUGUAUAAUGUGA